UCGCAAUGUCAGUUUAUGAAUAACAAAUUAUGUUGACAGAACUGUCUGUGUACUACGUUACAGUAAGUAGAAAUUUACACGUUAUUUUACGGUUCGUUACUUUGUUCGGUUUAAUAACAAUAAUAAAAAAUUGUCCGCCACUAUGCUUCCACGAAAUUACUUUGCAAUAAUGUGCCGCGAUGAUGUAAUGUGAAAAUUGAAAAAUGAGAAGCUUCACACACGCCGAUGAACGCUAUCCGUUGCUCAUGUUUGUUGGCGAUGAAGAAGAUAGAACCACUUCCACCACCAACAAGAGGGGUAGAUUUAGGAAUAUCAGUGCUGGAGCAGCUUCCGUAAUGAACCAGUGGCCAGGUCACAUCACAUCAUGUUGGUUAACUACCCUUCUCGUUACUAUUGGUUCUACCCUUGUGGCUAUAUUAAUUAUACUCUGGGCCGUUCGUAAUGGAGUAAUAUUGGGACCAUAUUGUGACAAAUCUAAAAUGGCAAAUAUCGAAAACGGAACUGUUCACUUAAUUCAUGACUUUUUCCCCUGGUGCCAGGAGCAAUUAGAAAUAGUCGCAAAAAUAGCCAAAACUUACCCAGAUUGGAACAUAGAAUUGAUUUUAAUAAAGAACAUGAACGAUAUCACAGAUGAUCGUGACGGUGUGUCUAGUUUAAAAUAUUAUAGUAACAUAAGUAGCAGUAGAAACGGAACUGGCAUAUCGUCAAAAAACGGUACCAUAAGUGCAGUUGCCAGUUGGAGUGAUUAUGACAAACUGGGAAAUCUGGUGCAAGUCAGCGAGAAAAGUAACAGUGCAACUGGAUACUUGAAGAUGCUAUUUCAUAUAAAGCGGACCAACAAAGAGAAUUGCGAACAUUGUUCUUCAUUUCAGGACGUGGAGCAAUUAGUACAGCAAUAUCCUUUCGUCAAAAUAACGUGUACAACGUUUGAAGACAUUUUUCAAAACACCCCAUUGUACUUUACAUGGCAAAACCUCAAUUUGAAAACGAAAAUUUUCGCAGCCAGAGUUUUGUACCUGUGGGAAGACGCUGGAGUCACUUAUGAAAUACCUCAGCUUGUCACAGACGAAAUAGAAGACUAUAACCUAACAUUAAAAAAUAGAUCAUUUUCCGUGUCUCCCUGCAUUGAUUACAAAAGGGAACCCUUGAAUCCAGAAGAGGCCCAGCAUCUCAGAAAAAUAAAUCUAGUCGAAAGGUUCAUACGGAACGGAAACAAAUCUUUUAAAAGUAUUCCAACAGGCGUUGUGACGAUUGACGACGAAGGAGUCCACAUGGAAACUAAGACUCCUUGUCAUGCAUUUUUAGGAGAGCUCAUUAUAAGGCUGAGGCAAGCUACCAAAGAUAGUCAUCCUAAAGACAUUAUGAUGAUGAGUUUGAAGAAGUUUUGCGUUAAAGGAGGAGUUCAGUCACAGUAUUGUCGAAAGUUUUGAUGAGUGCAGUUCUCAAGAACAAAAAGAACAAGUAUCUAACAUAUCUUAAAAAUAAUAAAAAAGACAACAAAUGAAAGUAUUGUUUAGUGUUUCGAUCAUCAUUAUCUGUGUUAUAGCUAACCAAAUAUUAUAACCUUAAAAGAUGCUAUUAGAAAAAAAAGACCAAAAGAAAAACCAGAUCGAUAAAAAAAAUAAAAAUAAUUGAUUGUAA